AAUUGGAGUUGUCAUUCGUGUUUUGUUACUUGCAGUGGUCCGUUGUGUUCUGUUUUAAUAUAAAAUAUCGGCAAUUAUAUGCGAAUAUUUAAUAUUAAUGAACUUUGGCGAUUGUUUAUAUUUUAUUAGUUUUUAUUUAACUUUUUAAACUGAAUUCAUACGUUAACUCAAUAACUGUUUAAAAUAGCUUACAAAAAUAACAACACAGAAGCAAAUAAAAUGCCUAACUUUGAUGAUAUAUUACAAAAAUGCCGCUCAGCAUUCAACAGUGGAAAAACAAAGGAUGUUAAUUUUAGACGAAAGCAGCUUGAGAAUCUACUGCGUAUGUAUGAGGACCAUGAAAAUGAUAUGAUAAAUGCUUUAGAUGCAGACUUACGUCGUCCUAAACAAGAAAGUUUAGUUGUGGAAACAGAAUAUAUGAAAAAUGAUAUAAAACAUAUACUGUAUCAUCUAAACGAUUGGGUUAAACCGGAAUUGCCUGAGAAAUCUUUCGUUAAUCUUAUGGAUGAUGUGGAAAUUUAUAAUGAUCCAUUCGGAGUAGUAUUAGUUAUUGGUGCUUGGAAUUAUCCUUUACAGCUGUUGUUAGUGCCAGUGGCAUCAGCAAUUGCAGCUGGUAAUUGUGUUGUGAUUAAGCCAAGUGAAAUAUCUUCAAAUUGCGCGAAAUUCGUCGAAGAGACCUUACCAAAAUAUUUAGAUAAUGAAUGUUAUCCAGUUGUAUGUGGUGGUCCCAAAGAAACUUCAGAACUGCUUAAACAAAGAUUCGAUUAUAUAUUUUACACUGGUUCAACUCGCGUAGGCAAGAUAAUUCAUGCUGCUGCUAAUGAAUAUUUGACACCAGUCACUUUGGAAUUGGGUGGUAAAAGUCCCUGUUAUGUUGAUAAAUCUGUGGAAUUACGUACUGCUGUUAAACGUAUUUUAUGGGGAAAAUUAAUUAACUGCGGCCAAACAUGCAUUGCACCUGACUAUAUAUUAUGUUCACAAGAAAUACGAGAUAAAUUCAUUGUGGAAGCCAAAGAUGUUCUAAAGGAGUGGUAUGGUGAUAACAUUAAAGCAAGUCCGGAUCUCACUCGCAUUAUAAAUCAAAAUAACUUUCAGCGUUUGCUUGGUUUAAUGAAGUCAUCUGGUAAAAUAGCUGUAGGUGGCGAUAGCGAUGCUUCAGAACGUUUUAUUGAACCCACAAUACUUAUCGAUGUUAAGCCGGAAGAUCCUAUUAUGACGGAAGAAAUAUUUGGUCCCAUUUUACCUAUAUUUACUGUUGAGAAUGCAUAUGACGCUAUUAAAUUUAUUAAUUCCAGGGAUAAACCUUUAGUGGUCUACGUAUUUUCGAAAACCAAUUCAACGAUCAAAGAGUUUAUGAAGAACACAACCAGUGGAGGAUUUAGCAGCAACGAGACAAUAAUGCAUUGCGGAGUUGAUACUUUACCAUUCGGUGGAGUUGGUUUUAGUGGUAUGGGACGUUAUCAUGGAAAAUAUGGAUUUGAUACGUUCACACAUAAAAAAUCUUGCCUUGGAAAGGAUUUGAAACCUUUAGGAGAAUUGCUUGCUUCUGGACGUUAUCCUCCCUAUUCAGAUCGUAAAGCAUCACUGCUUGGAUUUCUGCUACGUAAACGUCGUCCAUUCCCAAAUUUAUAUUUAUCAUAUAUCAUAACAUUCGGUUUAGGUAUUGGAUUUGCAUUCUUAUUAAAUCACUACUUACAGGGUAAAAUUUUUUCACGCACGUAUUAGCAAAAUCAUAAAAUUUAUUGGGAGCCGGAUUAGUCAAACGCAUUUGCAUCCAAUACAAGUAAUGAAUAUAUUAUAUUGGUAAAAGGAUUGGUUUCAUAUUUUUUACACUUUGCAUAUGGAUAUU